CGCUGUCCCGGGCCCUUCCACCCCCUCGCGUCCCAUUGAGGAUGGCUCAGCCCCAGCCUGUUCCCGCUGUCCCCACACCCUGCAGGCAUCAGGGUGUCCCCGUGCCACCUCCCACCUGCUCCUUGCAGUGGAGGCGCCAUGGCCACCGGCGGGGACUCGAGCUCCCCGCCCCGGCAGAACGGCACCAGUUCGGUGCUGGAGGAUGAGGAGGAGGAUGAGGACCCAGCCCUGGGCUGUGACGGGGAUCUGGAGGUGAAUCCGUACGAUGGCCUGCCCUUCUCCUCACGUUACUACGAGCUGCUGCGGCAGCGCCGGGAGCUGCCUGUGUGGACCACCAAGUACAGCUUCAUGGAGCACCUGGAGGGCAGCAGCGGCAUCGUGUUGGUGUCUGGGCCCCCCGGCACAGGCAAAAGUACACAGGUCCCGCAGUGGUGCGCCGACUACGCCCUGUCCCUGCAGUUUGCGCAUGGCCUGGUGGCCUGCACCCAGCCCCACAGCCUGGCCGCCCUCAGCCUGUCGCUGCGCGUGGCCGACGAGAUGGACCUGAACCUGGGCCACGAGGUUGGCUACUGCGUCCCCCACGAGGACUGCUGCACCGCGGAGACCAUCCUGAGGUUCUGCUCGGACGAGAUGCUGCUGCGGGAGAUGACGUCGGACCCCCUGCUGCGGCAGUACGGGGUGGUGGUGCUGGACGAGGCCCAGGAGCGCACGGUGCCCACAGAUGUGCUGCUGGGGCUGCUGAAGGACGUCCUGCACCAGCGCCCAGAGCUGAAGGUGGUGGUGGUGACCUCCCCGGCCAUGGAGGAGCGACUGCGCGCCUUCUGCGGGGAUCCCCCCGUGGUGCGGGUGCCCGGAGCGGGGCCGUCCCCACAGCUGCUCUACAGGGAUGUCCCAGCCCACGGCCGCGUCGCGGCAGCCUGCCAGGCCGUGCUGGACAUCCACCGGCGGCAGGAGCCCGGCCACGUCCUCCUCUUCCUGGCCAGCGAGCAGGAGAUCACUGAGUGCUGCAGGGCCAUCCAGACCGAAGCUGUGGCGCUGAACCCGGGGCUGGGCCCGCUGCUGGUGCUGCCCCUGCACCCCGGCGUGGGCCGUGCAGCACAGAAGGUGUAUGAGGCACCGGAGGAAGGCAGCUGGGAGCGGCGGGUCGUCGUCACCCACUGGCUCGGGGACUCGUCCUUCUCUCUGGGAUCUGUGGGCUUUGUCAUCGACACGGGGCUGGAGCUGCGCAGUGUCUACAACCCCCGGAUCCGUGCGGAGUCCCAGGUGCUGCGGCCCAUCAGCAGGAGCCAGGCAGAGUCACGCAUGCAGCGAGCUGCUGGCAGCCCCCGGGGCACCUGCCUGCGCCUGUACUCAGAGGCCUUCUAUGAGCAGCGCCUGCCUCCCAGCCCCGCACCCCACGUCAGUGAGACCAGCCUCAGCCGCCUCGUGCUGCUGCUGAAGCGCCUGGACAUCGCUGACAUGGGCCAGUGCGACUUCCUUGACAGGCCAGCCCCCGAGUCGCUGAUGCAGGCGCUGGAGGACCUGGACUACCUGGCUGCCCUGGAUGAUGACGGGAACCUGUCAGAGGUGGGGAUCAUCAUGUCCGAGUUCCCCCUGGACCCUCAGCUGGCCAAAGCGCUCAUCGCCUCCUGCGAGUUCGACUGCGUGGACGAGAUGGUCAGCCUGGCUGCCAUGCUCACAGCUCCCCCGUGCUUUGUGACUCCUUCCGCACGCCUGGAGGAGGCUGUGACCGCUCGCCGGCGGGCCCUGCUGCACCCAGACGGAGACCACUUCACCCUCAUCAACAUCUUCAAUGCCUUCCAGCAGCACAACAUGGAUGAGGGCUGGUGCCGCAAACACGCGCUGAGCAGCGAGGCGCUGCGCCUGGCCGGCAUCGUGCGGGCAGAGCUGCUGGAGGUGAUGCGGCGCAUUGAGCUCCCCGUCUCGCCCCCCGCCUUCGGCACCGACGCCAACGUGCUCAACGUCCAGAGGGCGCUCAUCUCAGGCUACUUCCUCAAGGUAGCCCGGGACAUCGAUGGCUCCGGCAACUACGUGAUGCUGACGCACAAACACGUGGCCCACCUGCCCUCCGCCUGCUGCUACCUGCUGCGACAGCCCCCCCAGCGCCUGCCCCCCUGGGUCCUCUACCACGAGUUCACCAUCUCGCAGGACAACUGCCUCCGCGUGGCGUCGGAGAUCCAGCCCCAAAUGCUGGUGGAGCUGGCACCGCAGUACUACCUGAGCAACCUGCCGCCCAGCGAGAGCCGCGAUCUGCUCACGGAGCUGCGGGAGAAGGUGGUGGCAGCAGAGGACGUCCCUAUGCCGGUCCCGGUGCUCCUGGCGCUGUGCAUCGCCCUUACGGACGCCCUGACCGCCUUCCCCCCAAAGUUUCUGGUGGGGAACCUGAACAAGGACGUGGUGGUGAAAUGCAACACCUCGAAGCUGCAGGUGACCUGGACACAGAACGGGGAGCCGGAGCCCAUGGCUGAGCUUGUGGCCGAGGGGCAGACUCUCACCAUCCUCGGCUUGGACCUGCCGGCCACCGGCAACUACAGCUGCUGGGCUGGCGGCGUCCUGCUGGACAGCACCUACGUGGUGGUCGGGGACAGCGGAGAGGAGGGCAGGAACGCCUCCUGCCAGGCUGACUCCUACCGCGGCUCCUUCCGCUGCUCCUGGACGGGGCCCCGCUCUGCCGUCUUCCGCGCCCGCCUCACACACAGCGACGGCUCCGUCGGGGACUGGGUGCCAGCAGCCGGGCACGGCGGGCGGUUCAGCGCCAACUUCACGGACCCCUCCUUCUGCCCCUUCGCAGAGGAGCUGCGCCCGCUGCGGCUGCGCUUCGAGGGGAUCUCGGACACCUCCUUCCUCAACUUCUCCGUCCACUUCUUCAUCCGUGAUAUCGGUGAGCUCAGCCCACAGAUGUCCCCAGGGUGGGGGUCGGGGUGCUGGGAACCCCAGCGGGACGCAGCCCCACGCUGA